UUGGAGAUCUGCUGCAUCGCUUUAUAAAGAAUUUUAACAAUUAAUUUCAAAAUAACGCAUUAUUAUUUUUGUAAAAUUUUGAUGUUACAAUUAAAAUUUACAAAACGUAUAGGAACUGAUCUUACAGCCGAAUAAGAUUAUCUCCAUGAGCUCUUCUGGUCUGCCUUAGGAAACAUCAGGGAAUGCCAGUAUGGCCUUUUAACAGCUGUCCCUUCUCUACGUCUACUGCCCACAGGGACAACGUGUCAGAUGUGCCGCCAGUUUCAAAACUUCAGCUAAACGUCUGGAGACACAGGGAAGGAGACGGUCCGAUAAGAAUGGGCAGGAGCACUUCAGAAAUGGCCAACAGAGGCACCACUAUUGACUAUCUACCUGACGAACUGAUGCUGGAGAUUUUCUCAUACUUUAGCUUCAGUGAAAAAAUUGAAGUUUUACAAGAGGUGUGCACUCGAUGGAAAAUUCUGGCUCAGGAUGCUCACUUGUGGCUUGACUAGAAGAACGUUGUCAGGAGGAUGGAGACUCCAGUCUUCAUACAGCCAUCCUGACUUGAAUUUUCCAUGGUUUCUCAAAAUUAAUUCAGGAAAUUUCGGAUGGUUCCUACUAUAUGGCCACAACCAACUACCUGUUCCAUCCUUGUCAUACUAUAUCUGGGGACGGAGACUCCAGUCUUCAUACAGCCAUCCCGAUUCUAGUUUUCCAUCGUCUCUCAAAAUUAAUUCAGGAAAUUUCGGAUGGUUCCUACUAUAUGGCCACAGCCACAGCCACCUGUUCCAUCCUUGUCAUACUAUGUCUGCCCUCACCAUGCUGAGCUCAGUGGAACCCAUUACCAUUUGCCAGGCUACAUCCAUAUGCACAGCAGCAUCAACUGUUUCCUACAGUAAUGCUGUGUUGAAUGCAUUUCCCAAAAGGGAACUGUCCUUGACGUCCUUCAGCAGUUUGAACUAAUGGUUUGCUCCUUUGCUGCUCUGGUCUUUCAUACAACACUUGUUAAGGAGUUUCUUUUAUUGUUUAUGCUUAAGGGCCUUAUGGCAGCAGUGAAACAUUUACUUAAUUCCCCAGUUUUAAGAAAUAACUUUUAAUGGCAUUGUAAUGUUCUCUCUCUAGGCUCGUCACGUUACAGUAUCUCCGCUCAAUGCUACAUUUGAUUUAUGAAAUGACACAUUCAGUGCCACCUAGCAUACCACUGAUGGUAGCAUAAUUUCUAUCUGUGUCUGACCAGUAGUGUCAGAGGUGAAUGAAGCAGUACUACUAACUGUAGAAUGAUACAGUACUUAUACCUGACAGAGUAAUCUUUUUAUACUGUGGAUGAAUAUCUGAAAGAAAAUGUAUACCAUCACUAAACUUAUUGUGUCUAGAAGUAGUUCAAUUGAUUUUAUUGUGCAUUUGGGCAU